AUGAGUACCGCGUCGACGGAAAACGCGGCAUCCAACGACGAAGCUGGGACCGGUUGUCGACAGCGAAAGAUAAAAUGCAUCAAUGGAUCGCGUCGCUCAGGUGCGCAAAAGUGUGAUCGCUGUUCCAAAUUGGACGUGGACUGCGUGUUUCGCCCUCCCGCCAUUAGACGAAGGCGCAAUAAGAACGACACACGGAUCAAAGCCCUCGAGCAGAAGCUACAAGAACUCCAAGAUGCGAUUUCCGAGACUCCGGCUCAACUCAAUGCGGAAAUUCCAUAUUCAGAUCCAUUGAACUCUGAGUUUAUGAAUGCAUCUCUAUUCUCAGACCCUCAGCAGCAACCGACUUCUCUGGAAGAUAUCCUGCCUCCUUUGGCAUUUGUCUCAACGGGCGAUCCUUAUUUAAUGUUAGAUGAUCCUGUGUCGGUCGGCCUAGUUAGCUCUGAGUUCGCUCAGGACAUGUUUUCGACAUUUUGUGUGGAUAUGGCACCGAUUUACCCUCUGGUGCUUUUGCCUUCACACUGGACGUGGCAACAUACCAGGAACAUCAAACCUGCUCUUUUCAGGGCGGUUCUAUCGGUUGCCUCAAGCAGUCAUGAACCGGAAUGUUGCAAGAUGUUGUUUCGCAAUACUGCGAAAUACGUAGCUGAAGAGGUUGCUAUGCACGGUAACAAGUCUCUCGAUUUGAUUCAGGCAUACCUCGUUCUAUCAGCAUGGUACUGUCUCGUGGAGGAUUUUCAAAAGCUAAUGUUCAGCCAAUAUGCAAAUAUGGCUGCCUCAUUAGUUCUGGACUUGAUGUCUUCAAAUGACGAGCAGUACAGGAUUCCAUCGGCAAAUGAACCAUUUGUCCACUCGGAACAGUUGAUCGAAACCUGCAGAACAUUUAUAGCAUGUUACUUUCUUUCUUCGAGUAUGGCGUUUUCAUUCCGACGGCCUUCCGUCCUCCGUCAUGAACCGUGGCUCGACGAUUGCAUCAAGGUACUCGAGACAGCUCCAAGCGUUAAUCCGAACGACCGACGACUCAUAGAAUGGACCAAGCUCCAGCUAAUUGCAGAAGAAAGCAUGUCAAUGACUGGACUGUAUAGUGGAUCGCGUGUCAACUUCUCAGAUGAUAGCAUCUGCCGGGUUCUGAGAUAUGGCGUGGAUCGUGCGACAGCGUGGAAGCGACAAGUUCUCACAGACAUUUUACACAAGCCGAUGAUAAUCCACUACCACAUGGUUUUGAUAAGCCUCCAUGAGCCGGCAUUCUACGACGGGCACGACAUGGAAGAUUUCCGGCCGCCGUACAAACUACGACCUCUACCUCUGGCCAAGAAUCUGGACAACUAUUAUUCCUUGAACGUCGCCAACUCACUUGCCCAAUGCGUCGCGUCAGCGCAAAAAGUGAUUCACACUUUCUUGGACAUUCCAAUUGAGAUUCUACAAAUAAUGCCAGUCAUUGUUUUCACCAGAAUCACAUAUGCGGCUGUAAUUCUAAUGAAGUUUGAUGUUUCUGCCCGGGUACCGCAGAGCGUGGCAUGCCUAUUGGACGAUAUCGAAUUUAACCCAAAGGUGCUCUUGUUACAGUUGCUCAACAAACUGACGUUGGCCGAAGGGAGCAAGCGGUUUAUUAUACCAGCUGUCUUUCGUGGGGCUUUAUCAAGGAUGACGAGGUGGUAUAUUGACCAGUUUGAGAGCUUGCAAGCGCCUGAUCAAGGUGAUAUUUUUGAGCCUAUGAUGCAUGUGGGAAUUGAUGCUCAGCGCAGUCCUGAUACUGGUCUCAGUCAAGCUGGCAGCGUUGCAUCAGAUACCAGCGUUCUGCCUUUGCACCACUUCCAUAGAGAAUUUUUAUAG